UCGAUAAAGAUCCAGAAGAGCAUUCCCUCGCAGAGGUGGCCUUCUUUGUGGAGCUGCUCCUGAAAGACCAAGACUUUGCUGCCUUAGAGAAGACCUGGAUGCUCCUGGUAGCGUGGCUAGUCCACCCCAGCCAGAACAUCCGCUACCUGAGCGAAAGGGGUCUUCUCCACAUUUAUGGAAAGCUGAAGGCAGCGAAGAAACCCCAGGAUUUUAGUGCUGGGAUCCUGGGAGGGCUCAGGACCUCCAGUCUGGAUGCCACUUUGGGGGUCCUGGCCUUCAUGGAGCGGCUGAGGCACUGUCCAUCAGAACACCAGGCCACGGUGAAUGCUGUCCUGGCUGCCCUGUGCCGCCCUCUCUUCCACCACGAGGAGGCUAAGAUCCGAAGGGCAGCCAUGAGGACCCACCUGGAUCUCCUGCAGCACCGCCACCACCAUCAUGAGGGUACAGAGGAGAACAUCACGACCCUCAUCGCGGUGCUGAUGCAUGUGGAGGAUGAGGACCUGGAGGUAGCACAGGCUGCGAAGGACAAUCUGAGCCUCCUGGCGGAAGCCCUCCUAUGGCACCUGGAGGGCAAGCUGCUGGCGCGGGAUUCUUACAGCCUGCAGGAGCUGCUCCACAAGAUCGCCAAGCGUCUGAUUCGGCAGCUCGGCACAGAGGACGCCGUGGAGAUGGAGGCCACCAAGAUCCUGGGCUUCUUCCGCAGCGAGCAGCCUUCAGUGAGGAGAACGGCUGCCCUGCUGAUCGGUCACCUGGUCCACAAAAAGGGCAGCAUCCUCACUGAAGGGAACAUAGAGACCUUCCAUGCUGCGCUGGAGAGCUUGCUUGGCGACCAUGACCCCGAGGUCGGGAGAGUUGCCUGCAAGACAGAGAAGAUCGUGAAGAAGGCCUUUUCCCUCCACUCCCGGCACGGGCUGUGGGCUGCCGUUCGGCGCUUGUGGGCGGGCUGUAAGAAGAAGAGACACCCGCCAGAGUACGGUGAUCUCUCCACCUGACCGACUGGAACAACAGCCCCGUGCUCUCCCCUUGAAGAUCAGCAGCUGAAGGGAGGUUCAGGAAAGACCGUGCAGCGCAGGGGCCUCCCAGAAGACCUCCUCCAACCGCGUGGACACAAGAUCUGUCCACAAGAAGACAUCCAGCAGGGAAGUGCAGUUCUGUCUGAGGAGUGAGGGGGAAGCAGGCUCCACUCCCCUGGCCCAAGGAAGCCCCGCCUCUGGGGUGCAGAAGCCCCUCCCCUUGCUUCUGCUGCCAGGCUGUGGGAGGAGGCUACAGGACCACCCUGCCCCCAAGUGGCCCUUUGGAACCAUUCUUGGGCUUCCCUUGGGUCCGGGAAGGCUGUGUGGCCCCAGCAGGAGGGCAAGGUCCCUCCAUUCCCACCAGCUGGUAAGGGAGCACCCCCUCCUCCUUCCACCUUUCUCCCCUUCCCCAGCGGCCUGGCUUCCCCUGGCAGGGGAAGCCCCAUCCAGGCAUCCGCCCCCUCCCCUGCCGAGGGUGUGCUCCUCCCCCCCUCCACUCUCGCAGCCACGCCUCACUCCCCCCUCCGCUCCCUCCUCCUUCCUCCCAAACCGGUGCAGCAGCAGAGGAGCCUGGGAGACUCUGGGGCCCCCCUGCAGCCCCAGUAGCGCCCCCUGGUGCUGCCCGGUGGCAGGCCAGAGAAUCCUCCUCUCCCUCCUGCUCCAUGCUGUGGCUGCACAGUGGGGAGCCCGAAUUCUCUGGCUUGCCCCCCCAACAACCCCCACCCCACUGCCCGAUCCCCGCUUGCUGGGCUGCCGGAGUGGAAAGGGAGGAGGAGCAGGGCAACCCCACUGACGCUGCUUUGUGCUUCUUGCAGGCUUGUGCUGCUGCUGGGCGGCUGGAGGAGUCGAUCCGCCCCAGAAGAGGAGACCAAGUGAACGUGCCUGCAAGGAGCGGGGGUGGGGUGGGGUUGGGGGCUGGCUGGGACUCCCCCCAAUUUUGUUUGCCCUGCCAUUCCCUUCUUCCGUGUGACCCUGGGCUUCCUCCCUUCCCUCCCUCCCUCCCUCCCUCCUUCUCCCUCCCAGGGGCAGAAUGGGCAUUGCUGGUCGCCCUGUUGGGGGCCGAGUAGGAAUUUUUGGCUUUCCAACAGAUUGGCCAAGAUGGAAAGUUUUUUUGCCUACUCCAUUCUGUCCUGUUUUGUUUCCUUUAGUUAGAAAGUUAAGUGACGACUUGUAACCUAUUUAAGUAUAUUAAUAAAGUUGCCCCUUUUGUUCAAAACA